AUGCGAAUUAUUGACGUUACUGCAUACACUUAUGAUGCCAAUUUCCAAUUUGGCUCGUACACCAUGUCCGGCGGCAGAAAGGCCAAUGGAUAUCCAUCGAUCGUCGUCCGCCUUCUUACGGAUGAUGGUAUCGAAGGAUGGUCUGAGAGCGCACCGCUAGGCAGUGACUAUCUACCCAGUACUUUCACUGGAGAGGUUGCUGCAUUGAAGGAGCUUGCUCCACAUGUUCUUGGGUUGGACCCAAGGUCCCCAGCUGCUAUUGUUCAGAAGAUGGAUAGCAUUAUGCUUUCCGGAAACGCUGCCAAGGCUCUUAUCGAUUUCGCCUGCUGGGAUAUCUUUGGCAAAUCUGUCGGCUUGCCAACCUACAGCCUGUUUGGUGGUGCCCUCUGCCAUUCUCUCCCCGCUUUUACAGUAAUUGGCCUAGGAAGCCCAGAAACUGGCGUUGAGAAGGCUCUAGCGGAGUACGAGAGGGGAGUCACCGCUCUGCAACUCAAGAUCGGAGAUGAUCCGGUCAACGAUGCGCAACGAAUCAGAGCCAUCCACAAGGCACUUUCAUCCAACGUUGUGUGCUUCGCCGAUGCCAACUGUGGAUGGAACCUGGAGCAGGCCCUGAUAUACACUCGCACUUUGGGGCAGGAUAUCUGCAUACCACUGGAGCAGCCUUGCCGCACAUUGGCUGAUUGUAUCGAGGUUGGCAAACGUUCAGGGCUGCCUCUUAUUGUUGAUGAAUGUGUUGUGACAAUGGCCGACCUUGUGGUGGCGCACGCUGGUGGCGCCACAGGCAUCAACCUCAAGCCAUCUCGGGUUGGUGGCUUCACCAAAGCCAGAGUCAUACGUGAUGCUGCUGUCGCGCUGGGGAUGAAUAUCACAGUUGAUGAUACAUGGGGCUGCUCGUUAUUGACGGCACAGAAUGUGGUAUUUGCCGUAUCUACGCCGGCUAAUAGGCUGCGUGCUGUUGAUGCUUACGCUGAAUGGACAGAACCUAUGAUUGCAGAAUGUCCACGGAUGGGGAAGGAUGGCCGACUCCAGCCUACCGAGUUGCCUGGGAACGGUUAUGGGCCUAUCAACAUUGAGAUGUUGGGCGAACCACUGUUCAACCUGAAAGCCUAA